AUGCUUCCAGCAUCAAUACGGACGUUCUUAUCCUCGAACUUUCUGCUGCUGCUCGCACUCGCGUACUCGGUCACAGCAUUCACCGUAACGAUCUCGGACAAGGAUGAACUGCGUCAGACAUGCUCUGGCAUGAUUGCAGGCGACGAUAGCCACAUCCAAGCUUAUUUUGACAAGGGGUCCAAGGGAACUGUAGCCACCAUGUUUUACGAGUUUAUUGAUUUCGACAAGCUUGGCAAGUGGAGCGACGACAAGGACGCGCUCGGAUAUCAGCUCAAGAGCUACAUCUGCACGCCCAAGGCGGUGCAAAAGACCCUGUGUAUGCAGGAGCAGCUGGGUAACUUUAUUGUGGAUGAGAGUGGAGGCAAGGCGAGCACGGUGCAGCUGCAAAGGAUGGAUUUCGGUGCUGCCGGUCUAUCGGAGGUCAAGACGUUGCGCUACAACGUUACCAAGACCGGAUACUACUGCUUCGGUGCGACCGAGGUUCCACUCGUAUCCCUCGAAGCAGCGCCCUCUGGCUCAGGUGAUCUUUCUGUCCAUGCCGAAUUCUCUGGCCGUGUCGAGUUCUUCAACAAGUUCAAAGGCAAUCUCCCGGCUGCCGAAUACCCCAAGCUCAACUUUUACUUUGCCAUGACCAUCGCCUACAUCGCACUUGGUAUCUACUGGAUCUCGCUGUGUAUCAAGCACAGGGACGAAAUGUUGACCGUUCAGUACUUUAUUUCAGGUACCAUCGCCUUCCUUGUCGUUGAAAUGGCGGCACAGUGGAUGUACUACUACUACCUAAACGGGCAUCUGAUCGACUUUUUUAGGAUUCGAGAAGUUAACAAUCAUACGGGUGUCACGGCGAUGGCAAGAUUCUUGCUGGUCCUGACGAGCAUCUUGGACGCCGGGAGGAAUUCGGUCUCUUUCUUUUUGCUGUUGAUCGUUGCAAUGGGCUACGGGGUUAUCCGGCCUUCCAUCGGACCGGUCAUGACCAGAGUCCGUCUUCUCACAGCGGCUCACUUUAUCUUUGGCGUUCUUUACUCGAUCGGUAUUGUGCUCAUUCAGCUGGAACAGGGAGGAGCGUGGAUCUUUGCCUUCAUCUUCCCGCUCGCCAUGACGCUGACAGCAUUCCUCACCUGGAUCAUGAAUUCGCUCAACCGUAGCAUCGAGCAUCUCACCCAACGCAAGCAGACGUUUAAAAAGUCCAUGUUUGUCAAACUUCACCGUAUCUUGCUCGGUGCCGUUGUCGUGAUUUUUGCAUUUUUCAUCAUCUCGUCGAUCGCCUUUUCGCAAUCUGGCGGGGAAGGCUUCGCGCCCAACACAUGGCAAUACCGGUGGUUCUUGCUGGAUGGAUGGCUCGCGUUGCUGUACUUGGCCGUGUUCUCCGCCAUCGCGUGGGUUUGGCGUCCAACGGGCAACAAUAUGCGACUCGCCAUGUCGGACGAAUUGGCGACCGACGACGAUCCCAACGCCGAAGGCUACGAGGUCGACACAUUUGCUGCACGAGGUCCCGACGGGCCUGACAGCGAUGACGAAGACGAUGUCGAGGCCAAACGUACUUCUCAGGGCCCAAACGGUGGGAGGAGUGCGGGUGCGCAGCCAAACAGUGAUGUAGUGUUUGAGAUUGGAGAUGAGGACGAUGAGGCUGAUCACAGCAAGGCUGCAGCAGCGGACAGGAGGGAAGGACGCCGAGGCGAGAGACAAGGAUUGAUGAGCACCAGUACCAAUGUUUCCGAGGAAACGCUGGUGCCGGGUAAGAAGAGGGCAGACAAGAAUGAUUGA